CUAAUGAACACCAGAGGGCAGCAAAGAUACUGAACAGCAGCCUAACAAGGAAGCGGAAUAAUGAAGAAGAAGAAGAAGGGGGAAACAUUGUGACACAUCAAAGGUUCUAUGUUCCAGCUCAGGAGAACUGAGGAAGAAGAAUACAGCGACGAAAUCUCCAAGCUCAGGCUGGUGGCGUCACAAAACAAUGACCGACUCCUCGACAAAAUGCUCUGCCAGGAAAUUUACAAGAAAGUCAUCAACUGCAAAGGGGGAUGGGGCAUCGCAGGUACUCCCCUCCAUGCUGCCGUGUCUAAAGGCCACCUCAGCUGCCUGAAGGUUCUGCUGGCCCACGGCGCUUUUGUAGACACCAUAGACGUCAAAGCCCAAACGCCUCUUUUCAACGCAGUUCGUGGAAGACACCUGGACUGUGUCCUCGUCCUCCUUGCAGCAGGUGCCAACCCCAACGGAAGCAAAUCCAACAACAGCUCCCCGGUCAUCACCGCUGCCAAGAAUGGCGACGUGGAGAUCCUCAGGCAGCUGCUGGCUCACGGCGCCAAUGCGAACACUUGUUCUAAGUUCCGGUUGUGGCCCUUCUACGAAAGUGUGACCAGAGGACCGCUCUGCCUGUCUGCGGUUAACAGACACAUAGAGUGCUUUAGGCUGCUGCUCCUUCACGGGGCCGACCCGAAUUACAACUGCACAGACGUGACCAUCCACAGCAUCCAUCACAGAACGAUGCUGGAGAUGUGCCUGAGGUACGGCUGCGGCGUGGAGUACAUCCAGAUGCUGAUAGACUUCGGCGCAAACGUCUACCUCCCCAAGCUGAUCAUCGAGAGGUUCAUGAAUCAACCAGCAGUGGAGCUGCUCCUGAGUGAGAGAGGAACUCCGAAAGCCUUGACCUGGCAUUGCCGACUUGCUGUGCGUAGACACCUGAAUAGCAUCAACAAGAGCCACUGCAUCAACGAGCUGGACAUGCCAACCAGCCUGAAAAACUUCCUGCAGUAUAAAACAGUCCCUGUCCAUGUUCAGUAAAGAAGAAAGUGUGCAUUA